AUGGAUCUUUUGGGCAAGAAUCAUCAUCAUCAUCAUCAUGGGAUGACAACCACAAUUCUUGGGCUGUUCUUGAUCUUGGUCUUGAAUAUGAACUGUGACUGUGUGUAUGGUAUUGGGGCCAAUUGGGGAACACAAGCAUGGCAUCCUCUUCCCCCUUCAACUGUAGUCAAUAUGCUGAGAGAGAAUGGAAUCCAGAAGGUCAAACUAUUCGACGCCGAGGCGAGGGUCCUCAACUCCUUCAGUGGCUCAGGGAUUCAGUUGAUGGUUGGCAUCCCAAAUGAGUUGCUGUCCACUCUUGCUGGGAGUUCUGCUGCUGCUGACAGAUGGGUUCAGCUCAAUGUUUCUCAACAUGUUCCAUCUGUCGACAUCAGGUAUGUUGCAGUUGGGAAUGAGCCCCUGUUGUCUUCCUUCAAUGGAACCUAUCAGAACACAACAUUUCCAGCACUUGAGAAUAUACAGGCAGCACUCAUGAGAGCAGGUCUGGGGAAUCAGAUCAAAGCCACAAUACCUCUCAAUGCAGAUGUGUACCAGAGUUUGACGUCACAGCCAUCCACCGGAGACUUCAAGCCAGAAAUCCAUGACCUAAUGCUGCAGAUUGUUAAUUUCUUGAGCAUCAACGGUGCACCAUUUACUGCCAAUAUAUACCCUUUCAUCAGCCUCUUCAAAGAUCCCAAUUUCCCCGUGGACUAUGCUUUCUUCGACGGGUACUCAUCUCCCAUCGAGGACAAUGGGAGGACUUACACCAAUGUUUUUGAUGCAAACUUUGACACACUGGUUUGGGCACUGCAGAAGAAUGGAUAUGGGAACCUGCCAAUCAUAGUUGGAGAAAUCGGGUGGCCUACUGAUGGUGAUCGCAAUGCGAAUAUAGGAAAUGCACAAAGAUUCAAUCAAGGGUUCAUGUCACAUUUGAAUAAGGGCACUCCCAUGAGACCCGGCCCUAUGGACGUGUACCUGUUCAGCCUUGUCGAUGAGGAUGCCAAGAGUAUCCAACCGGGCAACUUCGAGCGCCACUGGGGAUUGUUUUACUAUGAUGGCACUCCCAAGUAUAAUCUCAGCCUUGGUUCAAACUCAGGUGGGCUUGUACAGGCCAGGAAUGUUCGGUAUCUCCCAAGGCGAUGGUGUGUCACACCAUCCUCCAUGAAUUUUCAGGAUCCUCAAGUGGCUCCUAGUGUCAGUUAUGCGUGUGAUCACGGUGAUUGCACAAGUCUUGGAUAUGGCACAUCAUGUGGGAACCUGGAUGCACAGGGAAACAUUUCAUACGCAUUCAAUAAUUACUACCAGAUAAACAAUCAGCAGGAGAAUGCCUGUAAGUUUCCUGAUAACCUGUCAGUGAUCACAACAACAGAUCCAUCGGUAGGAACCUGCAAAUUCAACAUCAUGAUUCAGACACAGAGUCAAUUGAGUGGUGGAUUCUUGUUGAAGCCUCUUGAUCUCCUGCUUCAGAUCCCUGUGCUUUUAUUGGCCCUUGUGUGGUUGUGUGGGUGUGGAUUGACAUGCUAGUUUAUGUUUUUUCAAUGUACAUACAUACAUCUUCUGGUCAGUGUUCUUAUAUGACCUUGUUCAGUUAAAGAUUCAAUAUGGAUUGAAGUACAGAAGCUUGAAAAUAAAUCAUAGCAAUCAGGAAGA